AACUGACUCACAAAACGGGUCUUCGUUUUAAUUCCGCUGACAGCUCACGAAAACGACCGCACCACCGCUAAAAAGCCACAGUGUAUAAAUCCAUCGCGCAGAGUGGUACAAUCAAGCCGAGCCUGGGCUGCAAGGGGGGUAGCCUAUAGCCUAUUCACUUUUUCACGACUGAGGGAAACACAACGCCGGGGAGGAAAAAAAAACACUAAAACAAUUGACAGUCUGGGUUUUAUGUUUCCCCAAGUGUCUGCGAAAUGUCUACGAAGGCAGAGCAGUUUGCCUCUAAGAUACGAUACUUGCAAGAGUAUCACAACCGUGUGCAACACAAUAUUUAUCCUGUGCCCUCCGGAACAGACAUUGCAAACACACUGAAAUACUUUUCCCAAACCCUGCUCAGCAUUCUGUCCCGCACAGGCAGGAAGGAGAACCAGGAAGCUUCCAAUUUGGCCGUGCCCAUGACCAUGUGUCUUUUUCCUGUGCCAUUCCCACUCACCCCAUCUCUAAGACCACAAGUCAGUUCCAUCAACCCUACAGUUACUCGCUCCCUCCUUUACAGCGUUCUGCGCGAUGCCCCGUCAGACCGCGGGGGGCAGGGGCAGCAGAGUCGGGACGCUCAGCUCUCAGAGUACCCCUCUCUGGACUAUCAGGGCCUCUAUGUGACCCUCGUGACCCUGCUUGACCUGGUGCCCCUGCUGCAGCACGGUCAGCAUGAUCUGGGACAGUCCAUAUUUUACACAACAACUUGCCUCCUGCCCUUUCUCAGUGAUGAUAUUCUCAGCACUUUGCCCUAUACUAUGAUCUCCACUUUAGCCACAUUUCCCCCUUUCCUCCACAAAGACAUCAUUGAGUACCUGAGCACCUCUUUCCUGCCCAUGGCUAUAUUGGGCUCCACUCGGAGGGAGGGCGGAGUCCCGGCCUAUGUCAAUCUGUCUGCCUCCUCUAUGCUCAUGAUUGCAAUGCAGUACACCUCAAAUCCAGUAUAUCACUGUCAGUUGUUGGAGUGUCUAAUGAAGCACAAACAGGAAGUGUGGAAGGACCUUCUUUAUGUCAUAUCAUAUGGCCCAUCCCAAGUAAAGCCUCCAGCUGUGCAGAUGCUGUUUCAUUACUGGCCCAACCUGAAGCCACCAGGAGCCAUCAGUGAAUACAGGGGGCUACAGUACACAGCCUGGAACCCCAUCCACUGUCAACAUAUCGAGUGCCACAAUGCCAUCAAUAAACCUGCUGUCAAGAUGUGUAUAGAUCCUACCCUUUCUGUUGCCCUGGGAGACAAGCCCCCUCCUCUUUAUAUAUGCGAGGAGUGCAGCCAGAGGAUAGCAGGAGACCAUGCUGAAUGGCUUGUUGAUGUACUCCUGCCCCAAGCAGAGAUUUCUGCCAUUUGUCAAAAGAAGAACUGUAGCUCUCAUGUUAGGAGGGCUGUGGUCACCUGCUUCUCGGCUGGCUGCUGUGGGCGCCAUGGCAACCGGCCUGUCCGCUACUGCAAGCGUUGCCAUGUCAACCACCACAGCAGCGAGGUGGGGGCUGCGGCGGAGACCCAUCUGUACCAGACCUCGCCCCCUCCCAUCAACACCCGGGAGUGCGGAGCGGAGGAGCUAGUGUGCACUGUAGAAGCUGUUAUAAGCCUUCUCAAGGAGGCAGAAAUACAUGCAGAACAGCGUGAGUUUGAGCUGAACAGGCGUCGUCAGAUGGGCCUGUCCGCCUCCCACCACUCUCUGGAUAACAUCGAGUUUGAUAACAAGGAGGACGACCAGCACGACCAGCGGCUCCUCAGUCAAUUUGGCAUCUGGUUCCUGGUGAGCCUGUGCACGCCCAAUGAGAACACGCCCACAGAGAGCCUGGCUCGGCUGGUCAGCAUGGUCUUCCAGUGGUUUCACUCCACCGCCUACAUGAUGGACGAUGAGGUUGGAAGCCUGGUGGAAAAGCUAAAGCCUCAGUUUGUCACCAAGUGGUUAAAGACAGUGUGUGAAGUGCGAUUUGACGUCAUGGUCAUGUGUCUGCUGCCCAAGCCUGUCGAGUUUGCCAGGGUGGGAGGUUACUGGGACAAGUCAUGUAGCACAGUGACCCAGCUGAAGGAGGGCCUGAACCGGAUCCUGUGUCUGAUACCUUACAAUGUCAUCAGUCAACCGCUGUGGGAGUGCUUUAUGCCUGAGUGGCUGGAGGCCAUCCGCACCGAGGUGCCCGACCACCAGCUCAAAGAGUUCCGGGAAGUGCUCAGUAAGAUGUUUGAUAUUGAGCUGUGCCCCCUGCCCUUCUCCAUGGAAGAAAUGUUUGGCUUCAUCAGCUGCAGAUUCUCUGGCUACCCAGCGUCUGUGCAAGAGCAGGCUCUGCUGUGGCUGCAUGUGCUGUCAGAACUGGACAUUGUGGUGCCUCUUCAGCUGCUGAUUGGGAUGUUCUCUGAUGGAGUGAACUCUUUGAAGGAGCUGGCCAAUCAGAGGAAGGCACGCGCCUCAGAUUUGUCAGGCAACACUGGGGCCCGCAGGGUGAGUGUGGUGUCAGAUCCUGGUCGCCGCGGGCAGCACAACACUCUCAGUCCAUCCAGCCCCUUCAGGAGCCCAUUCCGCAGCCCUCUGCGCUGCAGCCCCUUUAAAAACCUGGGUCACGCUACCGGCCACUGCGCUCUGGAUCUGGACUGUGACGACGAUGACAUGAACCUCGGCUGCUUCAUCCUCAUGUUUGACCUCAUCCUAAAGCAGAUGGAGCUUCAGGAUGACGGUGUGAUGCUGGGUCUAGACAGCAGCCUGGGGAAGGAUAUCGUGGGCAUCAUCAACAACGUCUUCCAGGCCCCGUGGGGGGGCUCACACACCUGCCAGAAGGAUGAGAAGGCCCUGGAGUGCAGCCUGUGCCAAUCCAGCAUCCUGUGCUACCAGCUGGGCUGUGAGCUCCUGGAGAGGCUGACCCCCCGGGAAGAGAUUCGCCUUGUGGAACCAACAGAUAGUUUGGAGGAAACCUUGCUCUUAUCUCAGCCAGAUUUCUGCCUUGGGGCGGAGAAUGGAAGUGAGGAAGCAGACAACCCAAGUGACAACCCCAGCAACCAUUCUCCAGAUAACGCACCCAUGAAGAAUAACUCUGAUACAAAGUUCUCCUACCAGCAGCUCCCAGUGUCUUUGAAGCUCAUAUACACCAUUCUGCAGGAAAUGUCCAAGUUUGAGGAGCCUGACAUCUUGUUCAACAUGCUGAACUGUCUGAAGAUCCUGUGUCUCCAUGGAGAGUGUUUGUACCUUGCCCGCAAGGAUAACCCCCAGUUUCUGGCCUAUAUCCAGGAAAAGAUGCUCAUCCCAAGUCUGUGGUCCAUGCUGAAGUCAGAGUUUUGCCAGCUGGCCUCCCUGGCUGUGCCUCAGCUUCUCCACGCCCUCUCUUUGUCGCAUGGAGCGGACAUCUUCUGGAACCUCAUCAACACAAACUUCAACAGUAAAGACUGGAAAAUACGAUUCGAAGCAGUGGAGAAGGUAGCGGUGCUGUGUCGGUUCCUGGACAUUGGUGCGGUGACAAAAAACCACUUGCUGAAGUAUUCCUUGGCCCACGCUUUCUGCUGCUUCCUGGCCUCUGUGGAGGAUGUAAACCCAGCUGUGGCCACCCGAGCCAGACUGUUGCUGGACACCAUCAAGAGGCCGGCCCUGCAGGGGUUAUGCCUGUGCCUGGAUUUCCAGUUCGACACUGUUGUGAGGGAUCGGCCCAUCAUCCUCAGCAAGCUCCUGCUGCUGCACUUCCUGAAAAAGGACAUUCCUGCACUUAGCUGGGAGUUCUUUGUAAACCGCUUUGAAACAUUAUCUCUAGAGGCUCAGUUACACCUGGACUGCAACAAGGAGUUCCCUUUCCCUACUACCAUCACAGCCGUACGAACCAACGUAGCCAACCUCAGUGAUGCAGCAAUGUGGAAGAUACGACGGGCCCGUUUUGCCAGGAAUCGGCAGAAGAGUGUGCGUUCCCUCCGUGACAGUGUGAAGGGAGGCCCAACAGAGUCUAAACGGGCAUUUUCACUCCCUGAGUCACUGAGCAACCGACUUCCUCUAAGACUUACGAGGCAAGAGCACUCUGCCCCGACACUGGGAGAUAUGAUAGAGAAAGUCCUGCCAGCACGUUUCCUCCCGCACUUUAACCCUGACGCUUCAGCCCCUCUUGUAGGCCAGACCCCGUCUCCUGAGGACGACACCGUCAUUAGAGACCUGCUUCCUGAGGAUGCCGGCAUAGAUCACCAAACGGUUCAUCAGCUGAUCAUGGUGCUCAUGAAAUUUAUGGCCAAAGACCAGAGCAGCGCCGAGGCCGACAUUGGCAGUGCCAAGGCUUUCAACACAGUGAAGCGUCACCUGUACGUGCUGCUUGGCUAUGACCAACAGGAGGGCUGCUUCAUGAUUGCACCUCAGAAGAUGCGCACCUCCACCUGCUUCAACGCCUUCAUCGCUGGCAUUGCACAAGUGAUGGACUACAAUAUUGGUUUGGGGAAGCAACUGCUUCCCCUGGUGGUCCAGGUGUUGAAGUACUGCACGUGUCCCCAGCUGAGACACUACUUCCAGCAGCCGCCUCGAUGCUCUCUCUGGGCCCUGAGGCCACACAUCCGACAGAUGUGGCUCAAAGCCCUGCUAGUUAUCCUCUAUAAGUAUCCUUACAGAGACAUGGAUGGCAGCAAAGUGGUCCUCCAUCUGAUCCACAUCACCAUCAACACACUGAAUGCCCAGUAUCACAGCUGUCGUCCUCACUCUACGGCCGGACCACUCUACAGCGACAACUCCAACAUGAGCCGCUACAGCGAUAAAGAAAAAGAAGAGGACAGUGUAUUCGAUGAGUCAGACGUUCAUGACACACCGACUGGUGCUGCUAACAAGGAGUCACAGACCUUCUUUGCCCGUCUGAAGAGGAUUGGUGGCAGCAAGUCUGUGAAGUACCAGCCGGUAGAGCUGAAUGCCAAGAAAAGUGAAAUUGAACUGUCAGAGUACCGUGAAGCCAGUGCCCUUCAGGACAGCAUUCUGCACUGUGUGAGGGAGGAGAGCACCAGGAAGAAGCGGCUGCAGGCCAUGCACAAGCAGAAGUCUCUGGACAUUUCCAACACUGACUCUAUCCUCUUCAAUUUGGAUGAACAUCGACGUAAAUCCUGUAUUGAUCGCUGUGAUAUGCAGGCGCCCCCUGUGGUCCUGCCCCCAUCCUCUGCCACAUCCCACAGCAGGCAUCACGGCAAAGGAUCAUCUGAUGACUCUUCGGUUCGGGUGGAGGGCAGUGAUGCCGUGGACCGGCGAGGCUCUCGAGGCGGCCAGUCCGACACCUCCAAGCCUGUCAUCCCAGAGGUCCGCCUCAGUUGCAUGGAGACCUUUGAGGACAAGUUUGACCAGGGCUCGCUAAGAGGAUCAACUCAGGGGAAGGAGGACCAAGACCUCAUUGACCUCUCUUCAGACUGCACCUCCAUUCCAGAGAAGCACUCACUGCUCUCCAUGUCUGACAGCGACUCCUUGGUGUUUGAACCGUUGCCUCCUUUGAGGAUCGUAGAGAGCGACGAAGAGUUCGACCUUAAUACCAUCAUAGCCUCCAAGUUCAACGGGAGUCCAAAGGUCUUGUCUUCCCCUGCAAGCAGUAACACUUUGCAACUGUCUCCUGUGGUUCAGGUGAGUGUAGAGGACUGUUCUAGUGACAAAAAGAACCCAGACCUUCUGGUCGGAAAGAGAGGCUCAGAGCAACCGUUUCUGGAAAACAAGCUGAACCGUGUGACUCCCAGCACCUCUCUGGAUCUUCCUGACAGACCAGAAAAUGUCUGCCAUGAUAGCCCCAUGACCCUGAAGCAGAAGAGGGACCUGCUGAGGAAGACCCACCAUGUCCCUUACACCUCUCUGGAUGAUGCGCCUGUGACCACCGAGGAGGUAAAGACCGGGAUGGGACCAGGGACAAGUCCCUCUGGUAGGACCAUCUUCUUGAACAUCCCAGAAGACAAAGCAAAGCCUUUUUCCUCACCAGAAAAAAGCAAGAGCAACAGCAACGACGAAGAAGAGGACGGGGAUGAUGAAGAGGAUGACGACAUGGGCCAUGAAGCGGACAGCGACCCCAAACCUGACAAUGGGGAUGACAAUGAUGAGGCAGAGUUUAAAAUCCAGAUCGUUCCCCGACAACGGAAGCAGAGGAAGAUAGCUGUCAGUGCCAUCCAGAGGGAAUACCUGGACAUCACAUUCAAUAUGUUCGACAAGCUGGGUGGUGAGCAGACCACAGAAACUGAUCACAAAGUUCUGUCUACAUUGGAAAAGCCACGAGAAUCUGCCUCAGCCCCAACGCUUGAAGCUGCUAUGCCUGAAACAAGCCACCGCUCUUCAGUAUCAACUCAGUAUCGUCAGGUGAAGCGAGGCUCUCUGGGAGCUCUGACCAUGAGCCAGCUAAUGAAGAGACAGCUGGAACAUCAAUCCAGUGCGCCACACAACAUCAGCACCUGGGAGACGGGUCCAACGAAGACCAGUCUGCUCUCUGCACCGAGCACAGUUAGCAUGUUUGUCCCUGCGCCUGAGGAGUUCAUUGAUGAACAGCCAACCACAAUGUCUGACAGGUGUCGGGACUGUGCAGCCGUGCUGGAGGAAUACGACGAGGAGACUCUCGGCCUCGCGGUGGUCGUUCUUUCCAUGUUCAUCCACCUCAGCCCUGAUUUGGCCGCUCCGAUGCUUCUCGACAUUAUGCAGUCUGUGGGCAGGUUGGCAUCUAGUGCCAAUUUUUCAGGACAAGCUGAAAGUACGUUGAUCCCAGGGAAUGUAGCAGGUGUAGCCAAGCAGUUCCUUCGCUGUAUGUUUCACCAGCUGGCCCCUAAUGGCAUCUUGCCCCAACUCUUUCAGAGUAACAUCAAAGAUGGAAGUUUUCUGCGAACACUUGCAUCUUCCCUGAUAGAUUUUAAUGAAUUGAGUUCUGUUGCUGCCCUCAACAUGCUGCUCGAGGGCUUGAACAACAAGAAGAGUCUGCCAGCAGGGGGCACAAUGCUGCACUGCCUGGAAAACAUUGCCACCUUCAUGGAGGCUCUCCCCAUGGACUCUCCUAGCAACCUGUGGGCAACCAUCUGCAACCAGUUCCAGACCUUCCUCACAAAACUGCCCUCUGUGCUUCCUCUUAAGUGCCCUAUGGAUUCCAGCUUGAGGAUUAUCAUUUGUCUACUGAAAAUCCCAACUACAAAUGCAACCCGGAGCCUCCUGGAGCCUUUCUCCAAACUGCUGAGCUUUGUCGUUCAGUAUGGCAUCUUCAGUCUCUCCUACCUCGUAGAACUAUGUGGACUGUGUUACAAAGCCUUCAACAAGGAGAGAGAUAAGUUCUACAUGUCCCGCAUUGUGGUGUUAGAGCUUCUGCAGGCUCUCAAGUUCAAGUCUCCUCUGCCUGACACAAACUUGUUACUGCUGGUCCAGUUUGUUUGUGCAGAUAUUGGUACACGGCUAGCAGAAUCCACCAUCAUCCAAAAGCACAUGAUCUUAACGCUGCCGGGGUGCACAACAGCAGCCAUGGAAUGCAUGAGACAAUACAUAAGUGAACUCCUGGACUUCAUUGCAGAUAUGCACACACUAACCAAACUUAAAAGCCAUAUGAAGGCUUGCUGUCAGCCACUGCAUGAGGACACUUUCGGGGGGAACCUGAAAGUGGGCCUGGCACAAGUUGCCGCCAUGGAGAUCAGCAAAGGCAAUCACAGAGAUAACAAAGCUGUAGUUCGUUAUCUUCCCUGGCUUUAUCAUCCACCAUCCACCAUGCAACAAGGGCCAAAAGAAUUCAUCGAGUGUGUGUCCCACAUUCGUCAGCUGUCCUGGCUACUUUUGGGCUCCCUGACACACUGUGCCCUGCACCAGGGCUCCACCUCCUGUAUGCCCAUCCCUCUAGAUGCUGGCUCCCACAUCGCAGAUCAUCUUAUAGUCAUCCUCAUUGGUUUCCCAGAACAGUCAAAGACGUCAGUGCUGCAUAUGUGCUCUCUGUUCCACGCCUUCAUGUUUGCCCAGCUGUGGACCAUCUACUGCGAGCAGGCAGCCGCUGCUCCGUCCCUGCUGAACCAGAACCAGACAGAGUUUUCCUCCAGCGCCAUCCUCACUGGCCUGGAGUUCUGGAGUCGGGUUACACCCAGCAUCCUGCAGCUCAUGGCCCACAAUAAAGUGAUGGUAGAGAUGGUGUGUCUUCAUGUCAUUAGUCUGAUGGAAGCCCUGCAGGAGUGCAACUCAACCAUCUUUGUCAAGCUAAUUCCUAUGUGGCUACCUAUGAUUCAAUCAAACCUCAAGCAUCUGUCUGCGGGGCUGCAGUUGCGUCUCCAGGCCAUCCAGAACCGGGUGAACCACCAGAGUCUGCAGGGCCCAACAUCCGGAGCCCCUCCAUUUGCUCUGCGCAAAUGGCUGCAGUGCACCCAGUUCAAGAUGGCUCAGGUGGAGAUCCAGUCAUCUGAGGCUGCCUCACAGUUCUACCCCAUGUGACCUGCUCUGUGGUCACCUCGGGUCCAGUCUGGGUCCUUAGACCUGCAUGUAUCCUCUCUGCCUGAAACCUCUGACCAAAUUUUCAGCACCUUCAGUAUAAAACCUGUAUAUGUACAUUAAAUCUAUGCUAUUUUAAAGUACUAACACUGGAGCUGAUAAUUAAAGGUUUGGCAGGCUUGUGAGUGUUAAUUGUAUCAGGUGCCUAAAUCAGUUGAAUUCAACAGAUUUGAAGAGUCAGUAGAUGACUAAGAGAAUUUCUAUAGACCCGUGUUGGUAAUAGUGAGCGUCUGAAAGCAAAUGCUUGUUGAAUCUUAGAUAUGCUCACCCUGUGACAUUCAUAUUCUAUCACUUUUUAAGUUGCUCGGUUGCAAGCUGGAUAAUAAAAGUACGAGUUUUUCUAAACGUU